UUAUUUUAUCAAUAAAAAAGGAAUUUCAUGUUGUUGCAGCAUAUUCGUAAAUAUUUGCCAGAGUUGCUCUCUCUAAUUUCUGAGUUGUGGUCAUCAUUCUGUGUGCCAGCUGCCAAUCGCCCUUCACGUGGACUUCCGGUUUUGCAUCUAGUGGAGCAGCUUUGUUUGGCUCUCAACGAUGAGUUCAGGACAUAUCUUCCUGAUAUCCUUCCUUGUUGCAUUCAAGUUCUAAGUGAUGCAGAAAGGUGUAAUGAUUACACCUAUGUCCUAGAUAUACUUCACACCCUUGAGGUGUUUGGCGGGACAUUGGAUGAACAUAUGCAUCUGCUUCUUCCUGCACUUAUUCGAUUGUUUAAGAUGGAUGCAUCAGUAGAUAUAAGGCGUGCUUCUAUCAAAACUCUGACAAGGUUGAUCCCUCGUGUACAGGUUACUGGUCACAUCUCUGCCCUUGUGCAUCACUUGAAGCUAGUCUUGGAUGGAAAGAAUGACGAACUCCGUAAAGAUGCUGUUGAUGCACUUUGUUGUUUGGCUAUAGCUCUUGGGGAGGAUUUCACUAUUUUCAUUCCAUCAAUUCAUAAACUUCUACUGAAGCAUCGCUUGCGGCAUAAAGAUUUUGAGGAUAUUGAGGGGCGCUUGCGAAGACGUGAGCCAUUAAUUGUGGCAAGCACAGCAGCAGCACAGAGACUAAGUCGACGCCUUCCAGUUGAGGUGAUCAGUGACCCUUUAACUGAUAUGGAAAGUGACCCUUAUGAAGAUGGAACCGAUCUUCAGAGACAAGGUCGGGGUCAUCAGGUCAAUGAUGGUCGGUUACGUACUGCUGGGGAGGCUUCUCAGCGUAGUACGAGGGAAGACUGGGCAGAAUGGAUGAGGCAUUUUAGCAUUGAACUUCUAAAGGAAUCACCUUCCCCAGCAUUACGAACUUGUGCUAGACUCGCACAGUUGCAGCCUUUUGUUGGCCGAGAGUUGUUUGCUGCUGGUUUUGUUAGCUGUUGGGCGCAACUGAAUGAGGCCAGUCAAAAGCAGCUGGUUCGGAGUUUGGAGAUGGCAUUUUCUUCCCCAAAUAUUCCUCCUGAAAUUUUGGCCACACUUCUUAACUUGGCUGAGUUCAUGGAACACGAUGAGAAGCCCCUUCCGAUAGAUAUUCGUCUUCUUGGAGCUCUUGCAGAGAAGUGCCGUGCUUUUGCCAAGGCUUUGCAUUACAAAGAGAUGGAAUUUGAAGGUGCCCGUUCCAAAAAGAUGGAUGCUAAUCCUGUUGCUGUAGUUGAAGCUCUCAUACACAUAAAUAAUCAGUUACACCAACAUGAGGCUGCAGUUGGAAUAUUGACCUAUGCUCAACAGCACCUUGAUGUUAAAUUAAAAGAGUCAUGGUAUGAGAAGUUGCAACGAUGGGAUGAUGCUCUAAAGGCAUAUACCGGAAAAGCCUCUCAAGCAUCAAGCCCACAUGUUGUUCUAGAAGCAACUUUAGCCCCAGCUGAGCCAUCUGCUCGGCUAGAAAUGGCACCAUUGGCUGCACAUGCCGCUUGGAAUAUGGGUGAGUGGGAUCAAAUGGCAGAAUAUGUAUCUCGAUUAGAUGAUGGUGAUGAAACAAGACUUAGGGGUUUGGGAAAUACUACUGCUAGUGGUGAUGGAAGCAGUAAUGGUACAUUCUUCAGGGCCGUUUUAUUAGUUCGUCGGGGAAAGUAUGAUGAAGCACGUGAAUAUGUCGAGAGAGCUAGAAAAUGCCUGGCAACAGAACUUGCAGCCUUGGUGUUGGAGAGCUAUGAACGUGCUUACAGUAAUAUGGUCCGUGUUCAGCAGCUGUCAGAACUAGAGGAGGUAAUUGAUUACUGUACUCUUCCAUUGGGAAAUCCUGUUGCUGAAGAUCGGCGUGCUUUAAUUCGCAAUAUGUGGACUCAACGUAUUCAAGGAGCCAAACGUAAUGUCGAGGUCUGGCAAGCACUUUUGGGUGUUAGAGCUCUUGUGCUACCUCCUACGGAAGAUAUUGAAACUUGGCUCAAGUUUGCUUCUCUUUGUCGUCAGAAUGGGAGGCUUAGCCAGGCUAGAUCUACUUUAAUUAAACUCCUGCAGUAUGAUCCUGAGACAUGUCCUGAAAAUGUAAGAUACCAUGGGCCUCCUCAAGUGAUGCUCGCAUACCUAAAAUACCAAUGGUCCCUUGGGGAGGAUCUGAAACGAAAGGAAACAUUUGCUAGGCUGCAGAACUUGGCCAUAGAGCUCUCAAGUGCCCCAAAUAUUCAGUCUGAUACGUCAUCUGGUUUAAUGACUGGCAUGGGUGUGAAUGUUCCACUACUUGCCCGUGUGUAUCUUAGACUUGGAGCUUGGCAAUGGAUACUUUUUCCUGGAAUGGAUGAUGAUUCCAUUCAAGAAAUCCUUGAUGCAUUUAAGAAUGCUACUCGUUGUGCUCCAAAAUGGGCUAAAGCAUGGCACAAAUGGGCAUUGUUCAACACCGCAGUAAUGUCUCAUUAUACAAUUAGAGGUUUUCCAACUGUUGCUUCUCAAUUUGUUGUUGCAGCAGUCACUGGUUAUUUUCAUUCAAUAGCAUGUGCGGCCAAUGCCAAAGGUGUAGAUGAUAGUUUACAGGAUAUACUUCGCCUUCUCACAUUGUGGUUCAAUCAUGGGGCUACAACUGAAGUUCAAAUUGCAUUACAGAGAGGAUUUGCACAUGUUAAUAUCAAUACAUGGCUUGUUGUUCUGCCUCAAAUAAUUGCCAGAAUACAUUCAAAUAACCGUGCUGUGAGGGAACUGAUACAAUCACUUUUGGUCCGUAUAGGACAAAGUCAUCCCCAGGCCCUUAUGUAUCCUCUUCUUGUUGCAUGUAAAUCAAUAAGCAAUUUACGGAGAGCUGCUGCUCAAGAAGUUGUAGACAAAGUUCAGCAGCACAGUGGCGUGCUUGUGGAUCAGGCACAACUUGUAUCUCAGGAACUAAUCAGGGUUGCUAUACUUUGGCAUGAAAUGUGGCAUGAGGGACUGGAAGAAGCUAGUCGUCUGUAUUUUGGUGAACAUAACAUUGAAGGGAUGCUUAAAGUGUUGGAACCGUUACAUGAGAUGCUUGAGGAAGGGGCUAUGAGGGAAAAUACUACCAUAAAAGAGAGAGCAUUCAUAGAGGCAUACCGCCAUGAAUUAUUAGAGGCCUAUGAAUGUUGCGUGCAGUAUAAAAGAACUGGAAAAGACGCUGAACUCACCCAGGCAUGGGAUCUCUACUACCAUGUUUUCAAAAGAAUUGACAAACAGCUCCAGAGUCUUACCACCUUGGAUUUGCAAUCUGUUUCUCCUGAGUUGUUGGAAUGCCGUAAUUUGGAGCUUGCUGUUCCCGGGACAUAUCGUGCAGAAGCACCUGUUGUGACAAUAGCAUCAUUUGCAACCCAGCUUGUUGUUAUAACAUCAAAACAGCGACCACGGAAAUUGACAAUUCAUGGAAGUGAUGGGGAGGACUAUGCCUUCUUACUGAAGGGACAUGAAGAUCUACGCCAAGAUGAACGUGUCAUGCAGCUUUUUGGUCUAGUGAACACUCUGCUGGCGAAUUCUAGAAAAACUGCAGAGAAGGAUCUUUCUAUCCAACGAUAUGCUGUAAUUCCACUAUCUCCAAACAGUGGGCUAAUUGGAUGGGUUCCAAAUUGUGACACUUUACAUCAUCUAAUUCGAGAGUAUAGAGAUGCUAGAAAGAUCACAUUAAAUCAAGAGCAUAAAUAUAUGCUAAGUUUUGCUCCGGACUAUGACCAUUUACCACUUAUAGCAAAAGUGGAAGUAUUUGAAUAUGCUCUGCAAAAUACUGAGGGAAAUGAUCUAGCUAGGGUACUUUGGUUGAAAAGUCGCACAUCUGAGGUGUGGCUGGAGAGGAGGACAAAUUAUACAAGAAGUUUAGCGGUUAUGAGUAUGGUAUGCAUUUGCUUUAUUGAGAGAGCUAUCCCUUGAAAUGCUACAAAAUUC